CGCGGAGCGCUGCCACGCCAGGGCUUUCCCGGUUGGGGACUACAGGCUGCUUGGAACGUGCAAACACCUGGCGUGGUUCUUGAGUGCCCCAGAGGCUUGAGUCUCAUUCCGGUCCGCUCCAGGGUUGUAGGCAGAAGGCUCGGAGCGGUCAGAGGGGUUUCCUGUGUGUCAGCAACAUCACUCUGCCGAGAUAGCUGGCGGAAGAGCCAAGGAGCGCUCUCGGGCCAAUCGCUCUCCAGCAGCCAGCCCUAACCCUGCCCCUGACCGAGCGCGCCCUGACCGCCGACUCUGGUGAAGACCGGCUUUCCCAGAAGACGCCUCCGGCCCCGGGCGAACUUCGCGGAGGCACGCCCCUCGCCUGCCGGCGGAGCGCGGACUCGCCCGGGCGCCCAAACUCCGCCCAUCCUCGCGGGGAGCCCGGCUCGCCCUCCCGCCGCCUGCACUCGAGCAGGUCUCUAGAAGAGCCUGCGAGCUCACACAGACGGCGAGCCGGACGCGAUCCAGAAGCGCACGAGUCUGCGACCACGCGCGCUCCGAUGGCCCCCAGAGGCUGAGCGCCGGGGGGGCGCGGAGGCAGCGGCGCGGGCCCUAGAGCCGAGCUGCUGGCUUGCAAGGUAGGGAGCAGGAAGAUGCCCAAACGAAGUUGAUCUUUGGGGGAAGGCGGUUGGGGCGCGCCCUCCCCACCUCGGAGCGCAGAGCAGCGAGUUUGGCUCGACCUCACUGAGCCCCCGGCGCGCUCUCCGGCGCUAACCCGCGGUCCCUCGGGAAAGCGCAGUCAGAAAGUUGUCGGCGGCGGUGUCCCUCGCGCCCUGUUGUGUAACCUCGGCGCUGCCAGCCUCACCGGGAAGUUGCUGGUCCUCCGGCCAGUUCGGUUCGGUCGCGGCCCGGGGCAGAUUUCAUGGCCCGCGGCGACCGCGGGGCCGGAGCCGGCGCGGGCGAGCCCCUGCUUGCCCCAUCCCGCAGAGAUCCCCGGCGCCCCCUCCCGUCUGCUCGCCCGCCUUUCCGAUGCUCGCUGCGCCCCUCGCCGCCGCCCUCUUGCCGCCGCUUGCCCCUCGGAGCCGCCGCCUAAGUCGGGGAGGAGAGAAUGACCGAGGUGCUGUGGCCGGCGGUCCCCAAUGGGACGGACGCUGCCUUCCUGGCCGGCCCGGGCUUGCCCUGGGGGAACAGCACAGUGGCCUCCACCGCCGCCGUCGCCUCUCCGUUCAAAUGCGCGCUGACCAAGACAGGCUUCCAGUUCUACUACCUGCCAGCUGUCUACAUCUUGGUGUUCAUUGUCGGCUUCCUGGGCAACAGCGUGGCCAUCUGGAUGUUCGUCUUCCACAUGAAGCCGUGGAGCGGCAUCUCCGUGUACAUGUUCAACUUGGCCUUGGCGGACUUCUUGUACGUGCUGACUCUGCCGGCGCUCAUCUUCUACUACUUCAAUAAGACCGACUGGAUCUUCGGGGAUGCCAUGUGCAAGCUGCAGAGGUUCAUCUUCCAUGUGAACCUCUAUGGCAGCAUCUUGUUCCUGACCUGCAUCAGCGCGCACCGGUACAGCGGUGUGGUGUACCCGCUCAAGUCCCUGGGCAGGCUGAAGAAGAAGAACGCAGUCUGUAUCAGCGUGCUCGUGUGGCUCAUCGUGGUGGUGGGGAUCUCGCCCAUCCUCUUCUAUUCCGGCACCGGGAUCCGGAAAAACAAAACCAUCACCUGCUAUGACACCACCUCAGACGAGUACCUGCGAAGUUAUUUCAUCUACAGCAUGUGCACGACCGUGGCCAUGUUCUGUGUUCCUUUGGUGCUGAUUUUGGGCUGUUACGGAUUAAUUGUGAGAGCUUUGAUUUACAAAGACCUGGACAAUUCGCCUCUGAGGAGGAAAUCCAUUUACCUGGUGAUUAUUGUACUGACUGUUUUUGCCGUGUCUUACAUCCCUUUCCACGUGAUGAAAACAAUGAAUUUGAGGGCCCGGCUGGAUUUUCAGACCCCAGAAAUGUGUGCUUUCAAUGACAGGGUUUAUGCUACUUAUCAGGUGACAAGAGGUCUAGCAAGUCUCAACAGUUGUGUGGACCCCAUUCUCUAUUUCUUGGCAGGAGAUACUUUCAGAAGGAGACUCUCCCGAGCCACCAGGAAAGCUUCCAGAAGAAGUGAGGCAAAUUUGCAGUCCAAGAGUGAAGACAUGACUCUCAAUAUUUUAUCCGAGUUCAAGCAGAAUGGAGAUACAAGCUUGUGAAGACGCAAGAAUUCCCAAACACCCACUUUUGUAACAUGGCACAAACUGGUCUCUGGGACCGAGUCUGCUAAUGAUGAAAACAUACAGAGGGUCAAGAUAAAGCGGUGAUCUAUUGGGCUGAAGAUCUGAUUCUUGAUAUAUGAUAAGAGUAGGUAUUUUAAGAGUAAAGGCAGAAAUCUACUGGCAUUUUGAUAAAAGAGUCAAAACUACAGAACUUAUCAGUUAACUAAAUUUCACACUACAAAACUGUUUGAAUGCCAAGCUCAAGGCGUUUUAUGGCUCAUCAGUUGGCAUCUUUGACUCUUUGAACAUCCAUGUGUGUUUGCACUGAAAUGCUAAAAACACAGACCAAGAAGAGAUACAGCAUGAGAGUAGGAUUUGGAGUUAAAAUGGUGACACUGCCACUUGGCCAGCUGUGGAACUCUUGACCCUGUCAAGACCACUCUCCGUGGAUUAAAAGGGUUGGAUGACAUCCAUCUGUUGGGGCCUUAGGGGAUGUGCUAAAGCCAGAGGUGCAUGAAGUCUGCUACUGUAUUUUCCAGGACUGUUCAAUCCCAGUCCUUGACUGAAAAUUCAUACAAAGUUCACCAACUGUGAUACGGAUAUGACCUGUAGGUUUUCUCAGUCUCCUCAGGGCAGUGCACUAUACUGCCUUUGGAUACAAGAGAUGUCAGUGCUUACAGCAUGUAGCAGCUUGUAGCAGCUGGAAUUGGACUAGUGACAAUAAAGAUGUGUAACUAGUUAGAGAUGUAGUGAAGCUUUAACUUUGCUGGUCAAAUUGUAACUAUCAUAAUAGUAUUUAUUGAUGAAGCUCACAGCCCUUCCAUUGUACAGAUUGAAGAACUUUCUAGAAAGUUCCACCAUACUGAGGUAAAUUAUAUUUAUUACAAUGUAUAAUAUUAAUAUGUCACACUGGUGUAU